GGUAAAUCAUUGGUUGUAGGUAGGGAUCCCUCGUUUGCCUAUUUAAGCAGAGAACUACAUCCUCAUUGUGUGCCAUUCUCAUUCAAACCUUCUCGAAAGCGUGAAUUUAAUCUCCCAAGAACGCCAUGGAGACAUUUCUAUUCACAUCGGAGUCUGUGAACGAGGGGCACCCAGACAAGCUAUGUGAUCAAAUCUCUGAUGCAGUUCUAGAUGCCUGUCUCGAGCAGGAUCCCGACAGCAAGGUCGCCUGCGAGACCUGCACCAAGACCAACAUGGUCAUGGUAUUCGGCAAAAUCACCACCAAAGCUAAUGUCGAUUAUGAGCAGGUUGUUCGAAAGACCUGCAGAGAAAUUGGGUUCAUCUCUGAUGAAGUGGGUCUGGAUGCAGACAAGUGCAGAGUGCUUGUCAACAUUGAACAGCAGAGCCCUGACAUUGCCCAGGGUGUUCAUGGCCAUCUGACCAAGCGCCCUGAAGAGAUUGGAGCAGGGGAUCAGGGUCACAUGUUCGGGUAUGCCACGGAUGAAACCCCUGAGCUCAUGCCCCUUACCCAUGUCUUGGCCACCAAGUUGGGCGCCAAGCUUACAGAGGUCAGAAAGAAUGGCACUUGUUCAUGGCUGAGACCUGAUGGGAAAACCCAGGUCACAAUUGAGUACAAAAAUGAAAAGGGCGCCAUGGUUCCCCUGCGAGUCCACACUGUUCUCAUCUCUACCCAGCAUGAUGAGACGGUUACUAACGACCAGAUUGCUGCAGAUCUGAAGGAGUAUGUGAUCAAGCCUAUGAUCCCUGCAAAAUACAUGGAUGAGAACACCAUAUUCCAUUUGAAUCCAUCUGGGCGUUUUGUGAUUGGAGGGCCCCAUGGAGAUGCAGGGCUGACUGGAAGGAAAAUCAUCAUUGACACAUAUGGGGGAUGGGGAGCUCAUGGAGGAGGAGCAUUCUCUGGCAAAGAUCCCACCAAGGUGGACCGCAGUGGAGCUUACGUUGUUAGGCAGGCUACGAAGAGUGUUGUUGCAGCUGGGCUUGCCAGGAGGUGUAUUGUGCAGGUUUCAUAUGCCAUUGGUGUGCCUGAGCCUCUCUCUGUGUUUGUGGACUCCUAUGGUACUAGUAAAAUUCUUGAUAAGGAAAUCCUCAAUAUCAUCAAGAACAGUUUUGAUUUUAGGCCUGGUAUGAUCUCAAUCAAUCUGGAUUUGAAGAGGGGUGGAAAUGGAAGGUUCCAAAGGACUGUUGCUUAUGGUCACUUUGGCAGGGAUGACCCUGACUUCACUUGGGAAAUUGUUAUGCCUCUGAAGAUUUCAUCUUAGGCUCUGUUUUUCAGUGUUGAAUAUGGUCGCUUUGGCAGGGAUGACCCUGACUUCACUUGGGAAAUUGUUAAGCCUCUGAAGAUUUCAUCUUAGGCUCUGUUUUUCAGUGUUGAAUAUGAAUAAGGGGUUUCUCUUAUAAUUCAGGGAGGCCAGUUCUCAGUCAUAAGGUAAGGAGAGCUUAUAAUUGCAAGAGGAGGGUCAUAUGCCCAUCUGGUUGUGAAGAUGUUUGAAGAAAAUUGUUGAUGUUUGGGAGGUUGGUGUUCCAUGACAACCAUGGGAUAAGAAGCCACCACUAUUGAUAUUCUUUUUGUUUCUUUUUUCUCUUAUGGUUUUUUUUUUUUUUUUUUUUCAAAAUAUAAUAUCAUAUAUUCAUCAUCUUCAUUA